AAAGUAAAACUGAUUAUGACUUAACAUUAAAAGGGACGUAGAAGUUCUCUUGACAUUAUGGAAACAGAUUAGCACCAAGAAAGUUUGUAUAAGGCUAUUUUCCCAGAACAUAUAUGAUCAUGUCAUCUGGAGGACUAACAGAAGAACAAAAAAGAAGAAUAGAAGAAAACAAGAAGAAAGCACUUUCUAAGCGUGCCAAGAAUCAAAGUCCUAUUGAACAAACUCAAGUAUCUGCCUCAUGGAACAAACCUCAAACCUCAGGCCAGUGUGUAAAGUCAGGUGGUGUUGUGGUGCCCCCUGGUGGUAAUGUUCAGAAUUCAUAUCAACAGGGAAAAAUAACUCCAACUUGGCCUACAAAACUUCAUCAAAAACCUUCAAGUGCAGUCACUCAGAUUCCGCUUGUCACAAAUAAAGAAAAUGGUAUCGAAAAACAAAAAGGAACUUCCAAUUGGCUCAGCAAAAGUUUUAGUCGAUCACAUGGCAACAGACAAUUUGUGUCAGAGGGGAAUAACAUAUCCAGAGGAACAGAACAGUUCAGUGCCAGCGAGGUCGCUAACAAAGUAGCUAACUCUGGAAACAAUUUUUUUGGAAAGAACAAGUCUGUGAAAGGAUGCUGCAUUCUUAUAUCUAGAGAGAGAUUUGAGGUUGAUGUUGGUUUCUGUGCACCCCUUGUUGAGGUCUUUAAGACCAUGAAUACAAAACUCUAUGAUGCAGUUACUAAAAAAUGGUCCUUUGCACUAGAAGAAUACAACAGAUUUAUGGCAGCCAUUAAAGGCCUUCAACCGGCUGUGGAGGUACAACCCUUCCCUAAACAUAUACUGCAAGUGUUCAGUUCUCAGAUGAAGGGCAAGUACCCUGCCAGGACUAUUCCCACUGCUGACCUUUCAAAAAUUGACUGUGUGCUAGUGGAUGCUCUUUUGCCUUUCCAGCGAACAGGAGUCGAGUUUGGGAUACAUAUGAAUGGUCGUGUCCUGAUUGCUGAUGAUAUGGGUCUAGGUAAAACAAUCCAAGCCAUUUGUUUAUCAAGCUAUUACAGAGAAGAAUGGCCACUUCUUGUGGUGGCUCCAUCCUCAGUAAGGUUUGCAUGGGCACAGCAAUUCCGACGGUGGCUUCCAAGUGUUGAUCCGCAGGAAAUCUUUGUCCCAACUACAGGGAAAAAGGUAAUGAACAUGAGCCAAAUCAACAUAUUCAGCUAUGAUCUGAUGGCGAAGAAAGUGGAGCAUCUAAAGAAACAACAUUUCAGAGUGAUUAUUAUGGAUGAAUGUCAUUUAUUGAAAAAUUUCAAGACUGCGAGGUGCAAAGCAGCUCUGCCACUGUUACAGAACUCUCAUCGUGUUAUCCUUCUGAGUGGGACCCCUGCACUCUCUCGUCCAUCAGAACUCUACACCUGUAUCCAGGCUGUUUGUCCAUUCCUCAUCAAAUUUCAUGAUUUUGGGGUCCGAUAUUGUGAUGGAAAGAAGAUGCCAUUUGGUUGGGAUUUCUCUGGAUCCUCAAACAUGAAUGAACUUCAAAUAGUUUUGGAAGAAAAAAUUAUGAUACGGCGACUCAAGAAAGAUGUUUUGAAACAGCUGCCUGCAAAAAUGAGACAGAUGGUUGUCCUUGACCCCAAUUCUAUUAAGAUCAACAAGGAGAUGAAGACUGACUGUAAGGCAAUGAAUGUCAAAGGACUCAAGGGGGUGGAGAGACGAGGGGUCCUGUUGGAGUACUUUCAUCAUACAGGAGCUGCCAAGAUUCCCGCCAUCAGGGAUUAUGUUGUGGACUUAAUUGAAACAGACAAAAAGUUUCUGAUAUUUGCUCACCAUCAGGAAGUACUGGACGCUAUUGAAGACGUAGUCAAGGCUAAGGUGAAGCAACAGUACAUCCGUAUAGAUGGCAAGACAUCAGCAGAACAAAGAAACUAUUUCUGUAAGAAAUUUCAGGAAAAUGAUGACUAUCGUGUGGCAGUUCUGUCCAUCAUGGCGGCCAAUGCAGGCCUUAACCUGUCCGCUGCGAACCUUGUGGUAUUUGGGGAACUCUUUUGGAAUCCAGGGAUACUGGUGCAGGCAGAGGACAGAGUCCAUCGGAUUGGUCAGCAGGACAUGGUUACUGUCCAGUAUCUUGUGUCUCAGGGCACUGCUGAUGACUAUAUAUGGCCUUUAGUACAAAAGAAACUAGAUGUCUUGAACAGAGCAGGCCUGAGUAAGGACAACUUCUCGGAGGCUGACACAACUCAUGCUAAGGAUAGCCGACAGAAGGAUCUAACAGAAUAUUUUGAGGAGUCUUUCAUGGAAGAGACUGAGGAGACAAUGGAUAGCUCAAUUCAGCAGCAGUCGGAAUGUUUAGAAGGAGGGCCACAGGAGGGGGAAUCUCUCACUGAUGCCAUGGUUAAAGACAAAUCUACGACACCAAGUAAAAAACAGUCAUCCUUGUUCAGCUAUUUCCAUUCAUCAGAGCAAAGUAAUCCUCAAGAGUCAGACAAUGAAUGUAUAGUGAAACAGGAAGAGGAAAUUCCAAAUGAUGACCUUGACCUCAUGCUGAGAGAUGUUGAUUGGGAAGAGGAUGACUUUGACGAGCCACAAAAUAAACGAACAAAGUUCAGUUGAUAAACCACAACGUUUCAUUAAUGUUAUUUUGAGAGAGAGUGAAAAGGUUUUCUGAAGAAUGAUUUUGUUGAACAUUUUUAAAGCAUGUGAAAAUGGUUGCAGUUAAAAGUGGCAUGAGAGUGGUAUGUUAUAAUUGUUACUAUAAGUACAUCUAUGGUAAACUCUGGUCAAAUAUGAAAAAUAUCAGAGUUUAUCAAUAUGUAAAUGUGUUCAGCAAGUGCUAAUUUGACAAUCUGUUACAUAUGAUAAACAGGAUUCCUUUUUCCUCAAUUAAGAUACUGAAUUGUGUUACUACAUCUAAUGGAGUAUUUUUUACCAUUUUUAUCAAGCUUUCAGUUUAUAGUUGUUGAUUUCUCCAUCUAUUUGAAUGACAUCAUGAAUAUCUUAUUAGCUCAAUUUCUUAAUUACAAGUAGAAGACAACAAUCCAAAAUAUCAAAUGUAGGUCACUGUGACCUGUAUCUUUCAGUUCUCAAACUUUGUAUAUGUUUAUAUUUUGUUUCCUUAAACUGUUUUUUUCUUCUUUUCCAUUAAAAGUAGGAGUGGGGAUUAUUUAACAGACAGUUUGUAGUUCUCAAAAGUACCGAGUGAUUUCUAGAGAUAAUAUAAAAUGAAAGCUACUGUACAUGUCUCUUUUUAGAAAUUGUUAGUUCUGAAUACAACAAAUUAUCACAACUUAGAACUCCUCAUUUUUAUGUAUGUUAACUUUCAAACAAAGUGCCAUUAAUGGCAAGAGAUAUUAGAACAGUUGCCACUGAUGUUUGUAUUGAAACCCUAGUUAUUUUGUGUUUAUGUCUUGCUCUUUGAUUAUAUUGCCAUUCCCACAUGAAUCAGAAGAUUCUUCAAUGUAAAAGUUCUUGCAUCAGCAAUAUUUUAGC